AUGGUAGCCAAGACGAUCAAGCAGUGGACCGUUACCGGGGACAAAAAAGGCUUCGACGAGCUCAAGCUGGAGGUUGUUGACUUCCCCAAAUGUGGUGAGAACGAAGUGGUGGUUAAGCUGAAUGCAGCAUCGCUGAACUACCGCGAUCUUAUCAUUCCACAAGGCAAAUAUCCCUUCCCACUCGGCCUUCCAGUCGUGGCAUGCUCUGAUGGUGCGGGGGAAGUUGUCGAAGUCGGAUCGAAAGUGAGGCAAUGGAAGAAAGGUGACAAGGUCGUGACACUUUUCAACCAGGGUCAUCAGUAUGGACCCAUGACUACCCUCGCGUCAAAGACAGGACUUGGCGGCGUCCUGGACGGCACGCUCAGAGAAUACGGGGUGUUUAAUGAGAAUGGCCUUGUUCGCCAGCCCAAUAAUCUAAGUGCGAUUGAGGCUAGUACCCUUUCCUGUGCUGCAUUGACAGCAUGGAAUGCGCUGUAUGGUUCAAAACCGUUGAAACCUGGCCAGACUGUUCUGGUUCUUGGCACUGGAGGUGUUUCGAUGUUUGGUCUCCAGUUUGCCAGAGCAGCCGGCGCAAAAGUCAUCGCGACAACCUCAUCAGACGCAAAAGCCGAAAAGUUGCGAAAACUCGGAGCAGACCACGUUAUCAACUACAAGACGGACCCGAACUGGGGAGAAACCGCCCGCAAGCUCUCCAUGAAUGGUGAAGGUGUCGACCACAUUCUCGAGGUCGGAGGACCAGCCACAUUGAAGCAAACGGUCAAAGCGAUCAAAUACGAAGGCAUCCUUAGCAUCAUUGGAUUUGUUGGUGGUGAAAAUAAUGUAGAGGUUCCACAGAUUGUGGAUGCUCUAUCCAACAUCUGCACCUUUAGAGGUGUCUAUGUUGGUUCUAAGGAGCAGAUGGAAGAUAUGGUGAAUGCUAUCGAGGCUAAUGAUAUUCACCCGGUGGUUGAUGAUGAAGUUUUUGAGUUUGAGAAGGCUAAGGAGGCAUAUCAUUACCAGUGGGAUCAAAGGCAUUUUGGAAAGGUCGUGAUCAAGAUCUAA